UAUACGUAGACACAAUAAAAAAAACUUUUGUUGUUUAUACUUUAUUUAAAACUUAUUAUUUAUUUACUCAGUUGACACAUCAUAUGUAGCGAAUUAUUUUUAUAUAAUUUAAAUGAAUUGGUGCUUACCUUUAAAAUGGGUUCUAAAAGCAUUCCAGAUAGGUGGUUACCAUACAAAGCAUGUGGUAAAGUUAUAGAAGGGACAAGGAUAAUUUGUUUUAAGGUUCCACUUAAAAGGAUAGUACAAGCUAAAGUUGUUAGUUCUAAUGAAAUAUGGGAUAUUAAAACACUUCUGGAAGCAAUUCCCAAGUUACGAGCAGUAAUAGAUCUGACCAACACGGCGCGGUACUACGAUUCACAGGAAUUUAAAUCGGCGGGUAUUCUGCAUACAAAACUUUUAAUGCCAGGACGAAUAAUACCACCGGAAACUACAGUGACAAAAUUCUUUAAUGCGGUUGACACAUAUCUCGGAAUAGAUAAAGAUUCUUUAGUCGGCGUUCACUGCACCCACGGAUUGAACAGAACUGGCUAUAUGGUUUGCCGGUACAUGCGGGAUCGACUUGGAAUAUCUGGAACUGAAGCUAUCAAACGAUUCGAAGAAGCACGUGGCUACAAAAUUGAAAGGAAUAAUUAUAUCGCUGAUAUAAUGGGAAAGGCGCCACAGUCACCUGAUGUUGGCAAAGAAACUAUUGUAAAACCUAUUAAAAGCGAUCAUGUUGAAUAUCGUUCACCCUUAAAUGAAGACGACGAUGAAGCCAAUAGAUACGAAUCUAGAAAAAGAAACUACAAUGGUUCGGGACAUAGAAGUGAUAGAUAUAGUAGUGCGAAUAGAAGAGACACUCCUAGUAAAAAACGAUUUAUAGAUAAACAAAGUUAUUCCAGAUCACGUGAGUCGUCUUUCGAAUACGAUUACAGGUACGAUUACUGAUGAUAGUGAUUAUAAUGUACAAACUGUACUGUAAUGUAUUAUUUUUCUAAGAGUCUUAAAUUCGCAUAAUAUUAUUUUCCUGGAAUUGGGUUUCAGAAUGCGUACUGGGAAAUAUUUAUUAACAGUUGUAAAAUUUCUACUACUUUUUAAAAAUCUUUUAUUUAUUAUCUUUAAGUAAAUAAAAUUUAAUGGCAAUAAUAUUUUAUAUUACGCUUAUGUGAACUUCUCAGCGUCACUGCCAUAGUUUACUAAGUUGUUAAAGAAAGUUUACAAUUUAAAUAAAAUAUACAACAGUUUUA